GUAUAUUCACUUUGUAUUGUCUCUCAAAGAUUCCGCAUACUGAAUCACUUUCCAAGAAAAAAAAACCUUCUCUUUCGUUCUCUCUCGUGCAUAGUUUUCAUACAGCUUCAACAAUAUAAAGAGUCCAAAGGACAAAACCCGGUUACAUCUCCAAUGGAUCGCACCGACCAAUCAGAGUCCACGACCCGACCCGAAAACACCGUCGUCCUCUCCAUCGACUGUCUCAAAGGAAGCUCAAAAAGCGAGGAAUGGAGCGGCGAUAUGCUUCAAACCGGAGACAUAGUGGAAGAGAUCAGGAUCGGUUCAGGACCCGGUUCGGCUAUUUUCAAAGCUCCGUUUAAAGGAGGUAAAGCUUGGCUCCAGAAGGUUCUUCACAAUUCGUACAGGAACAAAGAAACUUCGAUUGGUGUCAGAGUCAGACGUGGCUCCGAAGAUCUCUCUGAUCUUUCUGCUUGUAUUGUUCCUAACGAAUCCGCGGGUAAGAGACGGUACAUGCUUAGAUCCAUUGAUGACCCGAAUUAUACAGUUGGGUUCUCGGAUCGUACUGAGUCUGUUUGCCUCGGUAUACAAGCUUCAAGAGGGUCAAGAAUGGUGGAAGCAUUGGGGAGAGCUAAGCUUCAAGAUGGCUAUGUUUCAUAUCCAUGGGAAAGGCGGAUGCAAGAAGCUUUACCAAUCUCUGGAUCCAGCAACUUUCUCUCCAUUCUUUUUCUUCCUAAAGCUUCUGUUCAUGAAAGGGCGGGUUCUCGGUAUAAUGACUUGGAAGACACACUUGCUCGUGCAAAUGCUUGGCUAAGUUGUUCACAAGCUAAUGGCGUACCAAUCGUCUUUAUGAAUAUUCAGACUGAAUCUCUGCUCACUAAGAUAUCGGGAGAGACCGCCUCAGCAACGGUAAAUACGAUGACUUCGCUUUCUGAUCUGUCGAAUCUCGCAAACGUGAGUCUCUAUGGGUUUGAGGAUUAUCAUGGAGUUGAUAUUGGUGUUGUGAGAGCGGUUCGGCUUUGGUAUGCUCCUCUAGGUGUUGAGUUGCCACUUGAAAUCAAACUCAGAGAUGAUGACACCAAACUUGGUUUCUCCAUUAGCCGCACUGAAGAGGGUUUCAUUUAUGUCUCCUCAGUAACGGACCACGAAGAUGAGAGUGCACCAGCUGCAAGAUCGGGCCUGAGCUCAUUAUACAGAGAUGCAGCCAAAGCCUCGCGUCGUCUGGUGGUUUCACGUGUCGGUAGCCAGAAGGUAUUGCCGUGGAUGGUUUCAUCCACAGGAGCCAUUCGCUGCUACGACACCGUUUCGCUCAGCCAGAAACUGUCGCUUCACCGUUACGCAAAGGUUUCCAUCAUCCUCCACGUUAUCCUCUGGGACAACGCGACUUUCUCCUCACCGCCCAGGAGCAGCAUGUUGUUUAGUAACCAAACACUCGACUCGAGCGAGUUUUCGUGGCAUCGAAUGGCUCCGCCACCACGACAGGUCGGUGACAGACAAGUGAUGCCAUUGCCGGAUGACGAGGAUGAUGUGUUCAGGUUGGAACGCGAGAAUGUGGGUAAUUCUUCGUUUAAGUUCCAAGAGAUCCCUUUUACUAACGAGUCCUUGUGAGUUGUGAUGAGAUCUCACAUUUUGUGUGUUAUAUUUUUGGGGAUAUGUAUCUAUACGUGCAUGCAUGCAUGUAAAUAAUUGGAAGUAGGGUUUGUUCCGGUGAUGCUAGUUUCUGUCUUUGUAAUGAAAUUUUUUUUAGUUCUUCCUGCAAGGCAUUAAGCAUAGAGCCAGUAGCUCAGCUGGUGUACUAGAGAAGUUCACUAGUUUGAUCUA